CUAUAUUAGUUUCAGUUUACGGAAACCGAAAAUGCUGAUCUAUAGACUGCUUUUAGUGGGUAUUCUUUCUAGGGGGCUAGGUCUUUCUCAGGUGUUGGAAGAGAGUACUGAACAGCGACAUUCAAGAUCUGUGGUCAAUAUGGAUGAGUUACUGAAAAUGGAAGACGAUCUGGCUGGCAACUUGGAAAAAUAUAAGGAUCAGCUAUCCCAUAGAGCCGAAACCAUUAGGUGGGGAAUUCAUCAGAUGAAGGAAAUGCUACUGAAAAGAAAGUCUUUUUGGAAAAACCCUUUCAUCACAUACUCCCUCAUUCGUCAUAUGCAGGCUGAUUGGUUGAUGUGGCAAGAGUAUCUGAAGAAGCCUGUGGGCUUGGAACAACUUGCUUUUAUGCAGUCCCGAAAUCUGUCGAUGCCACGGGAACAUGACUUUAUGGAUGCCGCUGAUGGAGUUACCAGAAUGCAGGGGACUUACCAACUUUUGGCGAGUGAUAUAGCCAAUGGAUUGCUGGAUAGAGUGCAGUACAACUCCUCACUGGCAGCCAUUGAUUGUCUGGAAUUGGGUCGCGAUAUGAUACAUCAAAAUUACUUACCAUCAGCGGAGCAAUGGAUUAUGGCAGGCAUUGAGGCCUAUGAUCGACCAGGUUCUCAGAUGGAAAUGCAGUUGCUAAGAGGACCUAAAAGGGCGGAUCUUUAUAAUAUACUGGGACAAGUGCGGGCUGAACUGGAGAAUUAUGUGGGUGCCUUUGAAGCCUAUCAAAUGGCCCUGAAAGAGUCGCCCCACGACCUGCAAAUUUACCAGGAAUAUCAGGCAUAUGAAAAAGGACUUCUUACGUCUCCUGAAAAAAGACCAGAUACAUUUAAACAAGAUGAGGAAGACGAAGCUUACGUUCGGGAACAGUUACCAAACUGCUGCAGUGGUCGCUGUGAAGUGCCCGCAAAACUUAGAAAACUAUAUUGCUUAUACAACCGUGUAACUUCCCCAUUCCUGCGACUGGCACCCAUCAAAACGGAGAUACUCUCAACUGAUCCUUUCAUAUCUCUCCUUCAUGACAUGAUCUCCCCAAAGGAAAGUGAUUUAAUUCGAUCUUCUAGCAAGGAACAUAUUUUGCCGUCCAACUAUUACGAUGGCGAAGUGCAGGCCCUUGUAGUGGGCUCUUCGCGCUUUUCAAAAUCUGUUUGGUAUAAAAAUAGUUCUAGCAAGGCGACCUUGAAAAUAACUGAACGCUUGGGAGAUGCAACUGGUCUAGAUAUGAACCACACGGAGUUCUUCCAGGUCAUCAACUAUGGGUUAGGUGGCUUCUUUGAGACGCAUAUGGACUUGAAGCUUUCCGACAAGGUCAGAUUCCAAGGAAACGCUGAUCGAAUAGCUACAGCAAUCUUUUAUUUGAGUAAUGUCACUCAAGGUGGGGCUACCUUUUUCCCAAAUCUUAACAUCACGGUUUUUCCAAAGCCCGGAUCGGCUCUCUUCUGGUUUAAUUUGGACCACAAGGGUAAUCACCAAAUAGAAACCAUGCAUACUGGCUGCCCCGUCAUCGUGGGUUCCAAAUGGGUUGUAAGCAAGUUUAUUAAGGACAAUGGACAAGAGUUUAGAAGGCCAUGCAUGGAUUCAAAAUCAAACACUGAAGAGUUUCUAUCCAUUGAGAAACUAAUAUUCUAGAUUUAC